GCAUUGAGGAAUAGAAUGAAUAAGUUAAAUAACCUCUUUGGUUGGAUAGCUGUCUUAUAACCUUUUUCCGCCAUACUUUGACUUGGGAAAUUGAGUAAUUCUGUUUCAGGAUCUUUGUGCUUUUAGUUGUAGUCAAUGUUUCAGAUAUAUUUUUAGCCAAAUGAAUUAUUCUAACCGUAGCUUAUGGCUCUUGGGACUUUCCACAUUCGGCACUGUUUGUGUAAUAGGCAUUUUUAAUUACAAAUUUAAUCAGUGGAUGAGGAAACGAGUAAACAAGAUAAAGAAAGACAACCAAAUUGAUAUAUUGAAUAAAAAUCGCCUUUUAACGUUUGGUGUGAGCAGUGAUCAAUGUGAUGGGCACAUGAAGAGACAAUUCGAUUGUGGCAAUUUAGAUUGCAACUAUGGACGUUUGAGUUAUAUACUAGGAUUUAUUAAUAAUUGUCAAAAAAACUUGGAUGUUUGUAUAUACAUCAUCACAGCUAAACUGUUUGGAGAUUGUAUUAUUAAUGCACAUCGGCGAGGAGUCAAGGUGCGAGUCAUAGCGGAUAGUGACAUGUCAUUUUCAGCUCAAUCUUUGAUAAACACUUUCAGGGCAGGAGAUAUACCAACGAGGCAGAGAAUGUCUCCAUUCAUUAUGCACCACAAGUUUGUGAUUGUCGACAGUGAGGUACUGAUUAAUGGGAGUAUGAACUUCACAAUGACCGGAGCGUUUUGUAAUUGGGAAAACGUUAUGAUAACAACGCAACCGGAACUAGUCAAUUCCUUUCAGAAAGCUUUCAAUUCUCUCUGGGAAGAUUUUUCACCUCUUAAUUAUUCUCCUUUAGAUGGAAUAAUAAAAGCUCAAGCGCCUCAGCACCAAGUGGCUAACGUAUAAAUAACCUUAAAUGUAUUUGAUUUACAUUUUAAAUGUACCAUAUUUAUGUAUUUUUAUAAAAACAUUGAUUGAA